AUGAGUUACUCAAAUUCCAAGUUAUCUUCAUAUCUAAGAUCCCCUUCUACUUUUCCUUCUACUAAUUCCUCAAGUUGGAAAUCAACUCCUUUAACAGGUAAAAAUUUGAAUUUGAAUUUCAGGUGUAUCAUUUAUGGAGAGAAUGCCAUAUGAAAGAUAUACAGAGCAUGUACCUGAAACAAAAAUAGAAUAUUUGCCAAUAGAAAAACGAUAUAGAGAUUAUUAAGAAGAUAGUAAAUAUUUUCAUGAUCGUUACAAUUAUUUUGUUGCAGUACCAAUAUUGGAAAGAAAGGAAUAAGUUUUUCCUUUUGGAUACUAUCAAGAUGCUUUGAAUUAUGUUCCUUAUCAAAGAAUAUAGGUAUUUUCUAGAUUUAAUUAUUGA